GGAAGGGAAGGCGGUGUCAGACGAGGGGGCCGAGGCGGAGGCGCGCCGGGGCCUGGGCAGGUGGCGAGGUCCUCCCGGGGGGCUGGGGGAUGCCCUUGGUCUGGGGCAGGAUGGGGUCUUAGCUGCGCCGUUGGCACCCUGGAGACGCCCUGUGCAGAACAUGUCCGGAGGCCAGGGAGCUGCCUGUGGCACGAACUGGCGAGGUGGCGCCGAGGCUCAGCGGAUCCGGUCACUGCAGGAGCUGGUGCGGUUUGAGGAUGUAGCUGUGUAUUUCUCGCAGGAGGAGUGGCGGCUCCUGAAUGAGACCCAGAGGAGCCUGUACCAUGAUGUGAUGCUGGAGAACUUCGCACUGGUUAGCUCACUGGGUUCCCUGAGUAGUCUGAAGGAUAAGCAGGUGAGGAACUGCAGAGUCCAUUUGUCCAAGAAGCCCUUUGUGUGUGGAGAGCCUGAGAAGGAUGACCCAGUCCCCUUAGACCUCAUCAAGCACCAGGCCACCCAUACAGAUGGGACGCCACACAGCAGCACCGAGCACGGGCAAGCUCUCCCGCUCAGUUCCGAUCGUGAGCAGCAGCACGUGGUGCACGAUGCACAGAGCCCUUUCAGGUGCAGUGAAUGUGGGAAGGUCUUCCGGAAUACCUUUGCUCUCCUUGAGCACCUGAUAAGUCACUCUGGAGGAAGACCCUUCAGAUGCCCAGCAGGCAGAAGAUCCUUCAGAAAGAAUUCAACUUGUGUUAGUCACAGAAAAAUUCAAAUGGGAGAAACACCCCAUGUGUGCAACGAGUGUGGGAAAGCCUUCAGUUACCCCUCUAAACUGAGGAAGCACCAGAAGGUUCACACGGGCGUAAAACCCUUCCAGUGUAGUGAGUGCGGGAAAACCUUCACCCGCAAAGAUGCACUGACUCUGCACCAGAGGGUCCACACGGGAGAAAGGCCGUAUGCGUGCAGCAAGUGUGGGAGAGCCUUCAGUGUCCUGUCCACCCUCAUCCGGCACCGGAAGGUUCACGUUGGAGACAGGCCCUAUGAGUGCAGGGAAUGUGGGAAGCUUUUCAAAUACAACAACAGCUUCAUUCUGCACCAGAGGGUCCACACGGGAGAAAGGCCUUUUGAGUGCAAGCAGUGUGGUAAAACCUACGUGACCCGCUCUGGCUUGUAUCAGCACUGGAAGCUGCACACUGGGGAGCGGCCCUAUGAGUGCAGCCUGUGUGGAAAAACCUUCACGACCAGGUCCUACCGCAAUCGCCACCAGCAGUUCCACACGGAAGAGAGGUCCUACAAAUGUACAGCAUGUGGGAAAGCCUUCAAACAUAGUUCUACCCUCCUUCAGCACACCAAAGUCCACACUGGAGAAAGGCUUUAGAGCAGGGCAUGUGGGAGAGCCUGUGGCUGACGUCUCCUUCCAGGAGGACAUUGAGAGAGUGCCCUCUGAAAGAAGCUGAACCUUACGCCUUGCUCCCGUGCCUGCCAGGUGUGGGAAGUUUUGGGGAGCUAUGUUGCACUCUCUGGCCUGCCCAAGGUGGUUCCGUCACUGCCAGUUUCUGUGACGGAAGCCGUCCCACCUCCAUCACCUGGCAGUCACCAUGAUGUGUUCAGGGAUGGCAGACCUCAUGCUCCCUUCUUCUAAAUAGGAGAGAAUUGUGACUAGCUGAGCCUAUAGGUGACCUUAUUUUCUCCCCUCAACUGGUCUAGGAGAAAGCAUGACCCAGUCUAAGGUGAGCUGAGCGAGUGUUUGGUGGGGGAAGGGUAGGAGUACUUCUAGGGAAGGUUUGCCAUUAUCACGGAUACACGCAGUAUUUGUCAUGCUGUGGCACAGAACAUGAUUGCUCUGGCAUGUGUAGUGAUAAAGGUUUUAUUGUUUAAGAUACCUUUAAUAUUGGGGGUUCUAAUCCCUUGGUGUUGCGGGAUUGAGAACAGAGUUGGCCUCUGUCACCAGGCUUAGAGGGCCUAGAUUUUGUGUGUUGGAAGGGUGUCUCUGACUUUUUCUUGACCUAGGACAGCAGGGUAGCAAAGACUAGGUGUAGUUAAGGUUGACCUAGUUUGCGCUGGUGUCUGUCCUUGGGAAGGGCCGGUAGGCUGGAUGUCAGGUUGUCCUUCAAGGUCCUGAGAAAGAAGAUCCUGUAGUCCUGGGACAUGGCGUUUGUAAGCCAGCCCCUACCUCUGGUGUCUGUGGGCAGUGUGUUCUUUAUUGUUGUCUAGCUUUUGCUGCCACCCUCUGAAACUCAGUGUGUGGGUCCAGAUUUGAUUUGUUGGACCCUUUGAUUUUAAAGAUUUUGGAAACUAUUUCCCUAAAAGGCAAAUUGUCAGUUCAGCAAAACUUGUAUGUUGGAUGUCACUGUGUCUCUGGUCCCUGAGGAGAACAUUUCCUGGGAGACAUGUCUGGGGUGAAAGCAGGAGAUCCCAGAUGGAGAGGCUUCGGACCAUAGUAAUCAGUUUGUGUAUUGGGAGGCAGCUGCUGCUGCCUCUGCCCAGAGUGAUUCUUGCUCAUUCUAUUGAUGACCACACCCAGACAAGCAGGCUUACAGGCAGGGGAGUUUGGGGCCAGUCUGCUCCAUUUCUCCCCAGCACCAUAAAAAUACAUGCCUACCCCUAGUCUUGCUUUGGUCUUCCUUAGGUGUAAUAAUUAUCUACUGCCAACCUGGGGGUCUGUGUGGGAGCAGAAUUAAAGUCCAACUGAGCCGUGUAGGGUGUAGGGUAGACCCUGGUCAUUACAGCUCAAUCCUUUGUACCAUAUAUGAUUAGCUGUGGUUAGAUAUCAUAAAAUGCCUCCCCUACCCCAGUAUAUGGGUUAUGGGUCCUCUCCACCUCCCAUGAAGCUGCUGCCUUGUGUCCUGCUGGGCUACAUAUAAGCAGCCAACCUUCCCAGGAGAAGGUGGAGGGUAAUGUUUCCCUUGUAGAAGAAAGCUAGAACAAAGCCUGGUGACUGGCCCUUUUACCUGCCUAGGGUGCCAGUUUGGGUGGGGUUAAUUAAUUUUAUCACUUUCAGCUCAGACUUCUUCAAUUAGGGAUUCAAAACUGGAAUUUUGAGAGGACACAAAUGAAAACAAUUCCCUUGAUGUGGAAGAUUUUCAGCUCUAAAGCCAAACUCUAUAAUCAUCAUUACCUAUCAUAAUAAAUUAGCCAUAAUCAUUAAUGACCAGGGUUGGUGGGAAAAGUGGAAAAAAGCCUGAGAAAGACUUUGCUAGUAACUGGAAAAGGAAGUAUAUUCAUUAGUUGCUCAUGCAUCUACUUGUUUGUUCAUCAAGUGCUGAUCAGGCACAUGCCUCAGGCCUGGUCAUCAUAGUAUUCAAGCUGAAGCUGUAAUGAUGGGGCCGUGGGUGUUCAUGUGACCUGAGCUAUGCUAAUGAGAGUCAAAGGACUUGCUGGAGUUAUGAAGAAAGCUGCCAUCUUGGCCCCAGGAGUUCAUGUACCAGAUUUGGGAGUUGUAUCUUCAGCAACUGUCUUUCCUCUUCAAAGACAGAUCAGCCUGCAAAACAAACCAAAACAGACAGGUGAGUGACAGCAAGGCAUUCCUUAGGUUGGACAUUGGGCACAGCAGUUAAGACACUACUUGAGAUGUCUGCAUUUUGUAUCAAAGUAUCUGGUUCCAGUCCUUUCUUCUCUGCUUCCAGUUCUAGCUUCCUGGCAAUGCGAGUUCUUUCUCUUCUGCUUCCAAUUCCAGCUUCCUGCUAAUGUGCACCCUGGGAGGUGGCAGAUAAUGCUUCAAGUGUGUGGGUCCCUGCCACUCACACAGGAAACCUGGAUUGAGUUCCAGGCUCCUGGCUUCAGUGUGGCCCAGCCCCAGUUGUGCGGGCAUUUGUGAAGUGAACAAAAUAAUGUAAGUCUGUGUCUCUGCCUCUGUCUUUCAAAUAAAGUGAAAAUAAAAUUUUAAA